AUGGCUAAAGAUGUGAUACGGAGGGCCCUCAACAACAUAGAAUUUGAGCCCCCACGGUCAUCUACUCCUUCAAGUAAAGCGAAGGGCCCCGGAAGCACAUCCGCCAAACACGGAAACUCCACGUUCUCAUCUGCUGCUUCAUCAAUCACUCCGCUUCCUGAACUUACCCCAGAGCAGAUUGAUAUUAUUGACGCGAUAAUCAAGCGCGCACCCGAGAAUACGACGACAUUUUUAGCUGUCUACAAAGCGUACGAAGAAGUCCUGGAACAACGGGGUAUAGAGUCUACGCCUGAUGUAAACUACUACAAAAUCCUACUUCAAAUUGGUGUCAUCAAGGCGCAGUACUGGAAAGACCGGUGGCGCAUAGCGAAAGAAAUGCUCGGAAGUCGUUCAAUGGGCGAACACUCAUAUUCUGUUGCUGCACCCAACAGUCAGGGGUCGUCAUUCCUCUCGGACUCACUUAUCUCGCACUCAGAACCCCAUCCAGCUAUUUCUGGCACACCCGGUGUCAGGACUUCCCGGAAAUCCGUUUACCACACUCCUAGACCUGUUACAUCUAUGUCUGCUCCUCUGUUCCAAUACAGAGCGAGCACCCCUACUAAAAGCGACAAAUUUUCAGGGGGCUCGACUCCAUUAACAGCACCUAGCGUUUUAAAGCCUUCUAGGAAUGCUCCUUUAAAGCUCUCACCCCUCAUUGCAGGGGAUGUGGAGAGCGAUGUGUCAUACCGCGCUCAUGCACCACAAAGUAAUCACGCCUCCGAAGAGGAUGACUCCCACAAUGUCCCAGGCCCUUCACGUCCUUUCAAUCCCAGGCCUGUCUCAAUGGAUGCUAUCCCACGGCAGCAUUCGAACAGCUUACUUGCCACAAAACCCUUUCAGGAUCGCCCAACAUCCUCCAAAGGACGUUUGGAGCAACAGCCCAGCCUCCCCCUCGUCGGUACGGCCGAGAAAGGCGCCAACGGGCAUGAUUUUUGGGAGGUUGAAGAAAUGGAACAAACUGCGGAUGACUUCCGACAGGAGUUGCUGCUGCGCCACUGUCUGCAUAUAUGGCGUGAUGGAUCUCGAUGGAUCUCGACUACUCUGGAACAAGUUUCGAAUGCUAGGGAUCACAUCCUGCUGAAGUCCUGUUUCCAUGAGUGGUUGGACACUCAGCGUCGCAGGGCCGACUUGGAGGGUCGAGUUAGCCGUAUAAAUGAUAUCCGAAUUUUACGUGUUGCGGUCAGGUCCUGGCACGAAGCUCUCGAGGAGAAAAAGAGACGCGAAUUUCGAGAAGGAGUGCGUCGGAGGUUUAUCCUCAUUCGAAACAGCGUGGAUUCUAGGAUUAAGCGCGAGGUGUUGAAAAAAUGGCUCUUAUCUUUUCGGUAUCUCCGCAUGGAAGCUCUGCUGGAGACGAACCUUCAACGACGCAUGCUGCUGAUGUGGCGGAAUAGGUUUGUGGAUCUCAGACGUUUUGAGCAGGCCGCUGGCGAGUUCCAGGAAGAGAGUAGACGAUUCACAAUUGCAAGGAUUAUAGACCUAUGGAAGCGGAAAGUGGAGCUGAGGCAUGCGGAGAGCCUUGUUUCUGCAGUAAUUGCGCGGCGGACGACAGGCCGUGCCCUGGAAAUAUGGUUGCGGACUAAUUUGAGUCGCAAAGUCAGUAUCCAAGUCCGCCGCCAAAAUGGUCUGCUUCUCCGGGCUGUAUUUCGAGUUUGGGUCGCCAAAGAACGCGGGGCGCUCCUCGUCCGCAUUCGACAGACCCGUUUAGUGCUUCAUGCUUUACGGACUUGGCAUGAAAAGUGCCGUUGUAUUAAGCGUUUGAAUGCCAAUGCCACAGCAUUCCUGGAAUCCCGCAGUCUCCUCUUGUUCAAAGAGGCGUAUCAUCAUUGGCAUUCCAGACUCGUCGCGCUCAAUGCUUCUUUGGCUUCCGCUCAAGUUUACUACACUCAUCACUUGAUGGUUCGAAAGCUGCACACAUGGCGUGCGCAACGCAAAUUUGAACUCAGGCGAGUGAAGCAGGCUAGAAUCGCCAGGAGGUGGUUUAUUAAACGGGCCUGUUGGAGCAAAUGGAGAGGCGCCCUUGAAGAAAAGAACAGGGGAAGACGGCUGCAAACCUGGAAUCAGGGUCUCCUCAGGCGACUUUUCAUCGAAUGGCAAGAUAUUGCUGCUCAAAAGCGCCGAAAUAACACGUUAUCCGCUCAUAUUGAAGAUGGGAUCGCUACACGGAUACAACGACAAACUCUGCACCACUGGAUGCGCCGUGUCAUAGACUUUCGUGAGCGCGCAUUGCGCGUGCAGCAAAUCGAAGAAGUUCGUCUCCGACGGGUCGCCUUUUCCAAAUGGGUUGACAUGCUUGCUCGGCAUAGCGAUGAUGUCGCGUUGAUGCAGAGUUUCCGUGACGUGAAGACCGAAGAGUUCUUGCGAAGAGCCCUCCUCCACUGGAUUCAAGCUGCUCAGAAAUCCAUGAAUCGUCGGGAACGCCUGGAACGGAAGCAAGACGAGAUGAAGCUUUCCUUGAUGUCAGCCGCAUGGGAUCGAUGGAGAGACCGCUUUCUCGAAGAGAAGCUCCAUUCUAUUGAGUUUGACGUUGGUCGUCAAAUGGAAUCCAAUUUACUAUUCAGAGCCUUUAGACUCUGGGAGAGCAAAACCCGAUCUAUACCCGCCAUCCGCCUCCAUGCCACCUGCAUGAAAAGGAAAGCUCUCAACAAAUGGCACAAGGCUCUCCCAAGAGCUCGCCUGGAACACAGAGCCAGAGAGAGUGAGCGAGGGACUGCUCUCCGUCGUGCAUUCCAGCGGUGGCAAGGUGCCUACCGGGCAAAGAUGACUUUGAAAGCUGUCGCGUAUCCGAGCACGCUACCUACGACUUCCGACGUCAAAUUCUUCACCACGGACGUCACUGCUAACCCGCCCAAUGGGAUCUCGACUGCUUCCGGGCUCAGCAGUCAAACCCCGACCUUUCGCUAUCGCACCAACUCCUGUGACUUCCCAACCAACCAUCACAGCCUCCUCACCGUCCGAUCUACGAGACACUGGACAGAAUCGAUCUCCAAGCCCUUCCAGGACCAGAAACCCCAUUCCCAUAUUCUUGGAGUCUAG